AUGGGAAACUGUUUGAUCACCAGAAACAACCAGAUAUCAGCCCAAGACGAUGACGACCUACACGACGAGCAACCCGGUGAUUCAUUAGAAGUUGAGCAAAAGACGAUCUCAUCUGGUUCCUCAUUCGAUCAGUCUGAUCCUGCUGCAAUGCCGCCUGAAGAAAGCAGCAUGAAGAAGAAGAAGAAGAUAGGGAAGAAGGUGAGGUUUGAGUUGCAGAAAGAUGAAGAAACAAGAAAAGAUCAGAUUUGCAGAAGAAGUGGAUCUGUGAGGAUAAAACUGGUGGUGACUCAGGAAGAGUUAAAGAGGAUAUUAAGGCAUGAGAAGGAGUCUCAGCACACAACGCUGGAGCAAUUACUAAGUUCUGUGAAACUGAGCGGAAGAGGCAGAACUUGUCAAGUUAUUGCAGAAGAUGAUGGCGGAGCCAUAAAUGCUUGGAGGCCAACUCUAGAAAGCAUACCGGAGGAUCAGUUGUGAAUAUGAAGUAUGUAGUGUGAUAUAACUAGUCACCAAAAAAUCUGACUCUCUUGUAAACAAUGACCAUCUUCCUUUUUGGUUCUCGUUUUGAUGUAUAGUGAGCUCCUUGUCAUAAUGAACCAUAGCAGCUCCAACUUUUGACAAGUAGAGGAAUGUAAAAGGAUUGAGCCUUUGUGACUUUCAGCAUGUUCAUGGUUUCUAUGUGUUGUUCAAGAACGAAUUGUCCUUUAUUUUGUCUGGG